CAUUCCCGCGGCGAGCCGCUCGCCUUCCUCCGCGGGCCUUGGGCUACCCAACCCAUCGCCGAGCCGCCUCGCGCGGUCCCCCCUCCAUCUUUGCCCGGCUCUCUCGCCUCGGAGGACGGACAGAGAAAGAGAGGAUGAGAAGGGACUCCUCGACCCGCGUCCCGCGCUCGGGCUAUUGGACCGAGGGGUUGCGGUGGAUUUGGAGCGCGGGGUGGACUCGUCGCUGAUGGUAUUCUCCGAUGCAAGAGGCAGGGAGAGAGCGGGACAGGGCGGCGGCGGCGGCGGAUCUCGGAGGCGUCGCCGCUAGCGUCAGGCCAACGGUAUCUCUGCCCCCCGCUGUCGGUCUUCUGUUUCCCCGUCGUUGUUUGUGGUUAGGAGACCAUUACCAGCUAGCAGUAGCCACCCGCGCUAGCAUCCUGCUAAUUGUUCUAACGAGACGCGCGAAAGGAUCUCAAGAAUUACUUUGCCGUUCCAUGUUCCUGUUGAUUUAUCUGCCUGAAUUAGAAACGAGACCAAAUUUGAUUGCUGUGAGCGAAUCCCCAAAUGAUAAUUCAUUGUCCCUUCACGUGGCAUUUCAUGAAAUGUCAGUGUCCUUUUUUUUUCAAUUGCAGGAUACAGCAGCUGUAAGCACAAAGCCGGCAAAGCGAUACCCACUGGCCUUAUGGAUAGGCAUAUUGGGCCUGAUAAUGUUAGUCGCUGUGUACAUCUUCUCGUUGUCUCUAAAGCAAAAUGGGAUGCUUUUCGGGCUGAUGCAGACAAAUUUGAUAGAAAAGGAAAGGGAGAAGCCUUGUCAUGAUCCCAGUAUUCCAGACACAGAAAUCCCUUACUUGCACUACCCGAUGCCAAAUACUUAUGAUAGAAUGUGCGUGCACAGGGGUUAGGUUCUUUGCUAUCUUGUCAAUGCAGAGGUCCGGGAGUGGAUGGGUUGAGACGUUGUUGAAUAGCCAUCCUAAUAUUAGCUCCAAUGGAGAGAUCUUCUCUGUCAAAGAAAGACGCAGCAAUAUCACCGCGAUCACGAAAACACUGGACAGAUUGUACAAUCUGGAUUGGUAUAGCAGUGCUGCUAAGAACGAAUGUACGGCUGCCGUGGGGCUGAAAUGGAUGCUCAAUCAGGGUCUAAUGAAGCACCAUCAAGAGAUAGUUGAAUACUUCAACCGAAGGGGUGUUUCCGCAAUUUUUCUACUAAGAAGAAAUCUUCUUCGGCGUUACGUCUCUAUAUUAGCAAAUGCUCAUGAUAGUGCCAUGAAACAGUUGAAUGGAACUCAUAAAGCUCAUGUGCACUCCAAACAUGAGGCUGAAAUCCUUGCUCAAUAUAAGCCAACCAUUGACAAAAAAACAUUGAUUACUGAACUAAAACGGUCUGAUAAGUUGGCAGCUGAUGCUCUGGUGAAUUUCAAGAACACCAGGCACGUUGUCCUGUACUACGAGGAUGUUGUCAGCAAUCGCACGAUGCUCAUGGAUGUUCUGGAUUUUCUCAGAUUGCCAAAGAGGAAGCUGUUCAGUCGACAUGUGAAAAUCCACACAAAACGAUUGUGCGAUCAUAUAGAUAACUGGGCAGAUGUUACUGAUUUUUUGAAGGGCACACCGUUCGAGAGCUUUUUGAAUGGCUCAAGAAGAUGACAUGGCUAGCUGAUGUAUAUAGUGCUAUAGUGAGUUGUCCUUCUGGCGCCUCGUAGGUUUUUUUUUUUGAUACCAUGAUGAAAUAAGUAUGGGCCACUGAGAGAAAUAGUUAGGUAGAGAUGCUUGAUCCAGGCUAUUAGAGCUGUAGAAUAAAGAUUAAAAACAAUACCUUUGUGAUUAUCAGAUAUCUAAUGCAAGAACUUGC